UGCCGCUGACUUAGGGGCUCGGGCUUAUGCUUCUGCGCUGCGGUGGAGUCCGGGUAGUACCCGUGCGUCCGCUCUGGCCAUGCAGGAACCCCUGCUCGGAACCCAGAGUCUGGACUAUGACACCUUCCCCGAGGCGCCCGCGUCGCCGGGAGAGAGGGCGCCGGCCGGGGCCUUGCAGAACAGAAGGGUGUUCCUGGCCACCUUUGCUGCUGUGCUGGGCAAUUUCAGCUUUGGGUAUGCCCUGGUCUACACGUCCCCAGUCAUCCCUGCGCUGAGGCUCUCUCCUGACCCAGCACUACACCUGAACAAAAUCCAGGCAUCCUGGUUUGGGUCCGUGUUCACCUUGGGUGCCGCAGCUGGGGGCCUCAGUGCCAUGUUACUCAAUGAUCUCCUGGGCCGGAAGCUCAGCAUCAUGUUUUCAGCUGUCCCCUCGGCCAUUGGCUAUGCACUCAUGGCAGGUGCCCAUGGCCUCUGGAUGCUCCUGUUGGGGAGGAUGUUGACAGGCUUUGCCGGGGGACUCACUGCUGCCUGCAUCCCGGUAUACGUGUCUGAGAUUGCACCCCCUGGUGUUCGUGGGGCCCUGGGGGCCACACCGCAGCUCAUGGCCGUGUUCGGAUCCCUGUCUCUCUAUGCCCUCGGUCUUCUGCUGCCAUGGCGAUGGCUGGCUGUGGCUGGGGAGGGGCCUGUGCUUGUCAUGAUCCUGUUGCUUAGCUUCAUGCCCAACUCGCCUCGCUUCCUGCUCUCGAAGGGCCGGGAUGAGGAAGCGCUGCAGGCGUUGACCUGGCUGCGAGCUGACUCUGAGGUCCAUUGGGAGUUUGAGCAGAUCCAGGACAACGUGCGGAGACAGAGCAGUCGCGUGUCGUGGGCGGAGGCCCGGGAUCCCCGCGUGUACCGGCCUAUCCUCAUCGCAGUACUGAUGCGCUUUCUGCAGCAGCUGACUGGAAUCACGCCCAUCCUCGUGUACCUACAGACCAUCUUCGACAGCACAGCCGUGGUGCUGCCCUCCCAGCAGGAUGCGGCCAUUGUUGGUGCUGUGAGACUCCUGUCUGUGCUGAUCGCUGCUGUCACCAUGGACCUGGCCGGCCGUAAAGUCCUGCUCUAUGUGUCAGCAUCCAUCAUGUUUGCUGCCAACUUGACGAUAGGGCUGUACGUCCAGUUUGGCCCGAGGCCUCUGACCCCCAACAGCACUGUGAGCCUGGAGAGCGUGACCCUGGCGGGCACAGAUCAGCCCCCAGUCACAUCCUUCAAUUAUCUCACCCUGAUACCCCUGCUGGCCACCAUGCUCUUCAUUAUGGGCUAUGCCAUGGGCUGGGGGCCCAUCACCUGGCUCCUCAUGUCUGAGGUUCUGCCCCUGCGUGCCCGUGGUGUGGCCUCAGGCCUUUGUGUGCUUGUCAGCUGGCUUACAGCCUUCGUCCUCACUAAGUACUUCCUGCUGGCAGUGAAUGCCUUCGGCCUCCAGGUGCCUUUCUUCUUCUUCUCGGCCGUCUGCCUGCUCAGCCUGCUCUUCACAGGCUGCUGUGUACCCGAGACCAAGGGUCGCUCACUGGAGCAGAUCGAGGCUUUCUUCAACAGCCGCAGGACGUCCUUCAGGCCCUAGGCAGGGGUUUGC